AUGGGAAUCAAGAAAAUGUUCACCAAAAAGGAGCCGACUGAGCAGGAGUUAAUAAACGAGAUGCAGAACGUCGGAAUCUCCACUAAGAGCACCAACGGCCGUCAAGAGAAGUUUGGAGCUUUUAAGAAUUACGCUACAGAAAGACUGAAGAUGAAGCCCGGUUUUGCCCCCGUCAAUCCCUACUCCAAUAUGAAUGCUUCGCUGAGUAACCCUUAUGCCCAGAAUGAUACCAAUCAGGACGGUCAGAGCGGUAAUGGCGGUGCCAACGCUCAAUCAAAUCCAUAUGGAAAUCUGUCCAAUCCUUAUGGCGCUCUGGCGGGCCACCCUCAGUCAAGUCAACAAAGUCCUUAUGCUAGCCAAUCAGGGCAAAACAGCUCAAAUCUGUACGGCGGCAGUCGCCCCAGUCCUUAUUCUAGCUCAAAUGGACCAUCCAGAAGUGGGAAUGGAGCUGAGGCCACCCGUCAACAGGCUUCGAACCCCUACGCACCUAAUAGAGGUCAACAAGGCAGCAACGGUAGCGCAUCUUUGCCUUAUAACCGUACUCCUACUGGAACUUCUGUGGCCGGUGGCAGAACUGCUAAUCCAUACGAUUCUAGCUCCAGGAGCUACGGGGGCAAUACUAGAGGCGAUGAAGAACUGAUCCUUGACUUGAAUGCCAUCCCCACUAACCAACCCGCCGUUCAGUUGAAAAAACCAAUCCAACGUUCAAAAAUGAACGACACAGAUACUUUGGAUUUGAACGAUGAGGACGAUUUGAAUGUGGAAGUUGACGACUUUUUACCCGAACAGGAGCAGGUAAAUUCUGAGGAUGAAGAGAUCGAAGCCAUCAAGCAGGAUAUUCGUUUCACUAAGCAAGAGUCUGUGGCUCUGACCAGAAACACAUUACGAAUGGCACAGGAAGCUGAUGCGUCAGGAAUCAACACGUUGGGAAUGUUGGGAUCGCAAUCGGAGCGGUUGUACAAUGCGGAGCAGAACUUGCUCUUAGCUGACACUCAAACGAAGAUCGCCGAUGACAAAGUCUCUGAGUUAAAGAGAUUGAAUCGUUCGAUUUUCGUGCCUGCCACAGGCAACCCUUUCAAUAAGAAGCUGAGAUUACGCCAGCAGGAAGCAAAAAUGAAAACACAGAAGGAGCAAGAGAAAUAUUUGAGAGAAACAAAUAGGCAAGGUAUGUACGCCAGUGAACAGCGGGUAAAGCAAGGUAUUACCAAUAAUGCGACCAAUUCGGACACAUAUAACAAGUACCAGGAUGAGAAAUAUUUACUGCAGGCUAAAAGGUACCAAUUCGACGCCGAUUCGGAAGACGACGACAUGGAGAAAGAGAUUGGUUCCAAUUUGGAUCAGAUUUCCAGCUACGCCAAAAAGUUGCAGAGUACUGCAUUGACGAUGAACAAGGAAGUCGACGCACAGAACGAACGGUUGAGAAAAAUCGAAGAGGAUGCUGAUCGGUUGGACAUCAAUGUGCACCUCAACUCUACUCGGUUGAACAAUAUUCGUUAA